AUGCAUAGACAGUUGUCUUACUUCAGCGGAGCCAAAAGCUUUCUUCCAUCGCCCGCACCCGACGAGUUGAGCGAUUCAGAGGCAGAUCUCAUAUCCGUUCUAGAGGAGAAGCGAAGGGAAAUCGACAUGGAGAUAGAGGCUUUCCAAUCGCGCAAAGAGGAGGAGUUCAAGUCAUUCGAGCAUGAACUCCGCUCACGCAAGAAGCGAAACAAUCAUAUUGUCUUUCCACACCCAGCAACCUCAAUUUCAGGGCUGAGCAACCCGAGCAAGAAGGAACUGGCUAUGAAUGCUAUGAAUGGCGCUGCAUACAAAGAAAGGAAGAAGAAAGCAGAGGAUGUCGGUGUUGGUGGCCUGAUGCUUACUGGCCCAAGCAGACCCAGCGUCUCUGUUGACAGGGUCACAAUCAACGGCCUGACGACUCCUCCAGUUUCGGGCACUCCACCGCUAGGAAAAAACUUGUUUCCUUCGCCUACGCUAUUAUCGGCUACUCCUCCUCGAGAUCCCUCCAAAAGAGGGACUGGCAAAUCCCCUACAACUCCCGACAGGGAAAACGAGUUCCAUGGCCUCUUCACACCAGGUUAUCUCCAGCUGCUCGACACCAAACCUUCUUCCUUGCCCCAGAUCGCCACUCCUCCUCCCAUAUCUGAAACCAAGCGGGCGGUGACGGCCCCAACGCUGCCGUCGACCAGCUUGCCAAGCGCCCUGAGAGCUGCUAGCGGAGCCGCUCGUAAGCGAAAACACGUUACUUUUCGGCUGGCCCAUUCAGUGGUAGUAGAGCCAAGCUCCUCAUACGAAGAAAUACCUAGUCCGUCAGAAGAUCAGUAUGACCGGGAUUCAGAUGACGCUGGGACAGACUCGGGAAUCGAAAUUAUGCCAGAUCCAUUGCCCAUUGGGAUCCCGCAGUCUGAUCUUAGUGAAGACGUGACAAGUCCUAACAAGACCGACAAUGAGGCAAGCUUUUUCUCAUUUGACGAAGAGCUUGAUGAAAAAGGCGAUGAGCUUUCGGAUGAUCCGAACGACCUUGAAGAUGACGAGAUCGAGCUGGACGAAAGUGGAAAACAAGCUGAAUCACCGACGUUCGAGUCGCCCACGUUUUCCUCCGGUUCUCUUCCGAUCAAUAUCGUCAAUCCCUCCUCCUCUUUAAGAGAAGCGCUGAGUAGCUGA